UUUGCCUCUUCGUCGGCAGCCAUCGUUGCUUUGAACACCGGCACUGCACAGCACAGUGUUCGGAAAGUUUUACCAAAUAAUGGCUUAACUGGUCUAAAGUGACCUAAAUUUGCAACCAUGUUGUUCAGAGUGAAGACAGCCUCACUGCUAGUCAAUCUAGGAAAUAGUGUAGAAAAACUAUCUAUCUCUUGUAGUCGUGGUUUUAAACAUGCGCCAAGGAACUAUUGUAACAAAGUUGAGAAAGAUGCUGUCCCUGGCAUACCAUAUAAAAAUCUGACUGUUGGCGUUCCAAAAGAAAUUUUUCCCAAUGAGAAGAGAGUUGCUAUUUCUCCAACAGCAGUUGUCAACCUUGUAAAGAAGGGUUUUACUGUGAACAUCGAGAAGGAUGCUGGUGUUGAGGCCAAAUUUACCAAUGCUGAACUUGAAAAGGCAGGUGCCAAAAUUAUGCCCAAAAAUGAUGUUUUCCAGGCAGAUAUUGUACUGAAAGUAAGGGCUCCAGAAGUAUCAGAGUUGCCUCUGUUUAAAGAUAAUGCCACUUUGAUCAGCUUUUUGUAUCCAAAGCAAAAUCCAGAGUUAGUAGAGCAGUUAGCACAACACAAACUGAAUUCUUUUGCUAUGGAUAUGAUCCCCAGAAUCAGUCGAGCCCAAGUGUUUGAUGCCCUUAGUUCAAUGGCUAAUAUCGCAGGUUACAAGUCUGUGGUGGAAGCUGCAAAUAACUUUGGAAGAUUUUUUACAGGACAAAUAACUGCUGCUGGAAAAGUUCCACCUGCAAAAGUUUUCAUCAUUGGUGGUGGUGUAGCUGGGUUAUCUGCAGUUGGCACAGCCAGGAACAUGGGAGCAAUUGUACGAGCUUAUGAUGUACGACCAGCAGUCAAAGAACAAGUUGAAUCUCUCGGUGGUGAAUUCCUUGAAGUUGGAAUACAGGAAUCUGGUGCAGGAGAAGGAGGUUAUGCAAAGGAUAUAAGUCAGAUGUCACAGGAGUUCAGAGAUGCUCAAAUGGCUCUGUAUGCCAAACAGUGUAAAGAAGUAGACAUAGUCAUCACAACAGCAUUAGUGCCUGGUAAAAAGGCACCUAUUCUCAUAACACAGGCUAUGGUUGAUGCAAUGAAGCCUGGAUCUGUUAUAGUAGAUUUGGCAGCGGAGGCUGGUGGCAACGUAGAGACCAUUAAACCAGGAGAAUUAUACAGAUACAAUGAUGUAACACAUGUAGGAUACACCGACUUACCUAGCCGAUUACCAACACAGUCCAGUACAUUAUACGCCAACAAUAUUACAAAGUUCUUACUGUCAAUAGGAGAGAAAGAACACUUUAAUAUAAAUCUUGAAGAUGAAGUAGUACGAGGGUCAAUUGUUACACAAAAUGGAUCAGUGGUGCCACCUGCACCUCCACCAAAAUUAGAUGCUGUGGCACCUCCACCACCAAAAGUUGUAGUGAAGGAAGUUAUUCCACCAAACAAAUUCAAGAUCCAGCUGAAUGAAAGUAUCCAGUACUCUGUAGGUCUUACUGGUAUGGUAGGUCUUGGCUGUAUCUCACCUAGUCCUGCUUUUGCUACCAUGGUUACGACAUUUGGUCUGUCAUGUAUUGUGGGAUACCACACUGUAUGGGGAGUGACACCAGCCCUACAUUCCCCACUGAUGUCUGUCACCAAUGCUAUCUCUGGGACCACUGCUGUCGGAGGUUUGUUACUGAUGGGUGGUGGUUAUUUCCCAUCAAACACCAUUCAGGCUCUGUCAGCGGCAGCUGCCUUCAUUUCAUCUAUCAACAUCGGAGGUGGUUUUGUAGUCACACAAAGAAUGUUGGAUAUGUUCAAAAGACCAACUGAUCCACCAGAAUACAACAAAAUGUAUGGUAUCCCAGGAGUCUUGUUCCUUGGUGCCUAUGGCUAUGGAGCAAUGCAGAAUUCAUUCCCAGAGAUUCAUCACAUGACAUACCUAGCCUCUGGUAUUUGCUGUGUUGGAGCAUUGACUGGACUGUCCUCACAGAAAUCAGCUAGAGUUGGAAAUGCUCUUGGUAUGAUUGGUGUGUCAGGAGGAAUUACUGCUACACUUGGUAUUUUGCAACCUUCCCUAGAAAACUUUGUACAGAUGGCAGCCUUGAUGGGAGCAGGAGGGGCAAUUGGUGUCAUUGGUGGAAAGAAGGUUGAGGUGACUGACUUGCCACAGAUGGUAGCUUUGUUCCAUAGUUUAGUAGGAGCUGCAGCUGUUCUUACUUGCUUUGCCAAUUAUAUGUUGGAGCAGCCUCAUUUUGCUACUGACCCAGCAGCUAAUGUUAUCAAGACCUUCUUGUACUUUGGAACUUUCAUUGGUGGCGUUACUUUCACAGGAUCACUUGUUGCUUUCGGAAAACUUCAGGGUGUGUUGAGUUCUGAACCUUUGAUGCUUCCUGCUAGGAAUCUCCUCAAUGCCGGUAUGAUGGCUACCAAUGUCGGAGCUAUGGGAACCUUCAUGGUCAGUGAUAAUCCUACUGUCCAGAUGACCUGUCUUGGAACCACAGCAGCUCUGUCCAGUGUAAUGGGCGUUACACUCACAGCUGCUAUUGGAGGAGCUGACAUGCCUGUUGUUAUUACCGUCCUGAACAGUUACUCUGGCUGGGCAUUGUGUGCUGAAGGUUUUAUGUUGAACAAUAACUUGAUGACCAUCAUUGGGUCCUUGAUUGGAUCAUCUGGAGCCAUUCUGUCAUACAUUAUGUGUGUAGCCAUGAACCGUUCCCUUUCCAAUGUCAUCUUUGGAGGAUAUGGAACAAAAUCAACAGCCGGUGGAAAACCAAUGGAAAUCACAGGAACACACACAGAAAUGACAUCUGAUGAAGCAGUUGAGAUGAUCACAGAAGCCAAAAAUGUCAUUAUUACACCAGGAUAUGGACUUUGUGUUGCCAAGGCUCAAUACCCUAUAGCUGAGAUGGUAGAUUAUCUGAAAAAGAAGGGUGUCAACUGUCGUUUUGGAAUUCAUCCAGUUGCAGGACGUAUGCCUGGUCAGUUAAACGUACUGUUAGCUGAAGCUGGUGUACCCUAUGACAUUGUGUUAGAAAUGGAUGAGAUUAACGAUGACUUCCCAGAUACAGAUCUAGUCCUUGUUAUUGGAGCCAAUGACACUGUUAACUCUGCAGCAGAAGAAGAUCCCAACUCUAUCAUUGCUGGCAUGCCUGUAUUAAGGGUCUGGGGCAGUAAACAUGUGAUAGUGAUGAAGAGAACUUUAGGUGUUGGUUAUGCAGCUGUAGAUAAUCCAAUCUUCUUUAAACAGAACACCAGUAUGUUGUUAGGAGAUGCUAAGAAAACAUGUGAUCAGUUAUUACACAAAGUCAAAGCACAUUAUGGCGAUGAAUAAUGACAGUUUGUCUUAGAAAACUUUAGAUAUUAUUUUUGACAAUUUGACCAUUUGACAUUUUGUGAAUUUAACAAAAUUUUUAAAGCAUUUAUUUUGUAUAAGAUGGAUUUAUGGAAGAAAUAAGGCAUUAGAAAAAGAAAAUUGGUAGAAUAACAAAUAUGUAUGAAAGAAGAGCAAUGUGCCAAAUUUUUAUUCAUUUUGCACAGUAUUUCCAGUUUGAAACAGGUUGGGGUGGGGGUAAAAUUUGUUCCCAUUGGCAACUCAUUUAGAUCAGAAUUUGAAAUAGUCAAAUUUUACUUAGACGGCAACUAUAGCAAGAAAAACAGAUCUGAAAUUUUUUAUAAUGAAUAAUCAUGAUAAUGUUGGUGAAAUGUUUCUAUAAGUUAUGUGGAAACUUUGUUAAGAGUUUUGUUUUUAAUUUGAUUGGUUGUAUUUAUAAAGGAAAUAAUGCUCCUAAAAUUUAGAAAAUUAUGGCUGUGCCACAUAUUUAUAUUGAAAAAUGUUCAGAUUUCUGACCAAGAAAUUUUUUCGAAGGUAUAUAUAUUCGUUUGAUUCUAAUUUGUAUAAUUUGGAGAUAUGUGCCAUCAUUAAUCAUGUAUCAAUUUGGAAAAAUAUCUUGGAGCAGAAAUUUGAACAAGUUUCUGAUAAAAAAAUAUUUCGAGAUUUAAGAAAUAUUUUGUGAUGAAUAUUUGAGAUGUGCUGAUGAAGAACAUGGAUUUUUGACAUGUUUGUAUAGUGCUAAAUAAACUGAGUGAAAUUUUUA